CAAACAAAAGACAGCAGAGGAGACUUCAGAAUGGGAGAAAGCUUCCAUGAACAGCUGCGGAGAGACAGCCGGUUCUUGAAAUCGGACCGGCGUCUGGACACAGAGCUGGUAGAUAAACUCAUUCUGCAGCUCAACAGAAUCUACCCACAGGUCCUGACUGACAAGGAGGCCACCAAGUUCAGGGACUUGGAUGUUCCCACCUGUAUCAGGCUGGCGGAGCUGCUGUCUCAUCUACAGGAGAAAGGAGAAGAGGCUUGUCAGGAGUUUUACCGUGCACUGCAUCUUCAUGUGGAGGAGGUUUAUUUCAGUUUACCCACACGCCUCCGACUCCGAGAGUCUGGAGAUCCAGUCGAUCCAGUCACGAGUCUCACAGACAGAUAUGUACUGAACGACCGAAGUCCUUUAUUCUUCCUCAGUUGUUUCAGUGUAGCAGUAGGAGUAGCUCUGCUGUAUUACUAUGGUGAGUCCAGAGAGGUGUCAGGCUCAAGCAGUGCUCUGGGUCUGGCUGCGCUGGGUCUUGGUAGAAAGGUGCGAGAGGUUCUAAUCUGGUACACAGAAGAUGGAAAAUAAUGGAAUUUGUUUGUGCCUUUCUGAGAAUUUUGACACUAAGAGCACUUCAGAUAAAGUAUCUGCAACAAAAUUAUCACAAAAUAUUUGACCUCAGGAUUUUAAAAAUAAAUAUGUACAUAGUGUGUAUAUAAAGUAAUUUUUGCCAUGAGGCAGGAUUCCAAAGAUAUACAUUUAAGGUUUAGUGCCUAAAGGCCCCGGCAUACUCCAUACAAAAUCGAAGAACAAAUGGGUGUGACGUCAUAUAGAACAAAAUCUGGCCAGAACAAAGGAGUUUUUGAGUUUGUUUCGGUGGUUUGUAUCAGCUCGGCAGCACGAUCAUUCAGGAAAACUUCGUACAGGCUGCUGUGCACUUUACUGUCACUGGUCUAUGUCAUCAGUAGGUGCUUUUCACACUGCGCUUAACCUUGAGUAAUUUUCAUUCUAAACUCCACUUUUAACCCUGGGUAAAGCAACGUUUCAAAUUUGUAAUUUUGAAAUGGGUUUAGCACUGCUUUUUACCUUGGGCAGGGUUCGCCCUGCAUUUGCGGGCUUAACCCCGUGUUGCGGUGCCAUAGGUAUACAGUGUGAAAUGAUGCAGUGUUAGAAUGUUUCAGAAAGUUGUUCAGCAACAGACAACCAAUCAUAAAAAAAAACCCAGUACCUAACUCAUUAAAUAUCCAUGCGCUUUGUACAGAAACUUUCACAUGCUGUUUAUGUUCUCCAUCUGAGGGAAACAGGUAAAGUGUCCAACAGUGGUGGCAAAUGCGAUAACUGGCAUGAUUCCUUGUCUUCGUGGCACAUUUCAGAAGGCGAAAGACGAACAGAGACAUUUCCAGAGAAGAGCAGAGCAGCUUCAUUGACAGAGCUUUUUUCAUCCAAUCAUUGUUAUUGACACCGCAAAUAAGAACGUUAACCCAGGUUAACGAAUGUACAGUGUGGAACAUGAAUACCCAGGAUUAAUUAUUAAUCCAGGGUACAGUAUGAACAGUAUGAAACAGGAUAACCCAGGAUUCCGUUUACCCGGGGAUUAGAAUAACCUGGGGUUAACGAUUUCAAGUGUGAAAAGCCCUAUUCUUUUGUCUGUAUUCUACUCAUUAACACUGUUUUAGACACCCAUGAUUGCAGUAGUAUGUAUCAGUGGCAUUAUAAAAUACAAUAACAGAGGGUAAUCAGCGCAUAUUAUAGUGUGUUAGCUAACCUGGUCUCAACGUGACUCUAAAAACAUUUUUGCAAAACUCGUUAUACGUGUCUUCAGGUACAAAUAGCUGCUGUUUCUAGAUGAAAUGAACACUAGAGGGACUAUAACAACUGUGUUUUAGUCACAUUCACACAAAUCAUAAGGUCAAAAGCUGAUUAGGACUUUAUAAAAACUUAUUUUUCUCUCUAUUACUCAUACACUGCUAUGUUGUAAUAUUGACACUUUAAUGCAUCGUUUGAAAAAUUAGACAUUUCUUAUGCUUGUAUUAUAGACCCUCCUACUUACAGUUGAAGUCAGAAGUUUACAUACGCCUUAGCCAAAUACAUUUAAACUCAGUUUUUCCACAAUUCCUGACAUUUAAUCAUAGAAAACAUUCCUAGUCUUAGGUCAGUUAGGAUCACUACUUUAUUUUUAGAAUGUGAAAUGUCAUAAUAAUAGUACAGAGAAUUAUUUAUUUCAGCUUUUAUUUCUUACAUCACAUUCCCAGUGGGUCAGAAGUUUACAUACACUUUGUUAGUAUUUGGUAGCCUUGCCUUUAAAUUGUUUAACCUGGGUCAAACAUUUUGGGUAGCCUUCCACAAGCUUCUCACAAUAAGUUGCUGGAAUGUUGGCCCAUUCCUCCAGACAGAACUGGUGUAACUGAGUCAGGUUUGUAGGCCUCCUUGCUCACACAUGCUUUUUCAGUUCUGCCCACAAAUUUUCUAUCGGAUUGAGGUCAGGGCAUUGUGAUGGCCACUCCAAUUCCUUGACUUUGUUUUCCUUAAGCCAUUUUGCCACAACUGUGGAGGUAUGCUUGGGUUCAUUGUCCAUUUGGAAGACUGAUUUGCGGGCGAGCUUUAACUUCCUGGGUGAUGUCUUUAGAUGUUGCUUUAAUAUAUCCACAUAAUUUUCCUUCUUCAUGAUGCCAUCUAUUUUGUGAAGUUCACCAGUCCCUCUUGCAGCAAAGCACUCCCACAACAUGAUGCUGCCACCCCCAUGCCUCAAGGUUGGGAUGGUGUUCUUAGGUUUGCAAGCCUCACCCUUUUUCCUCCAAACAUAACGAUGGUCAUUAUGGCCAAACAGUUACAUUUUUGUUUCAUAAGACCAGAGGACAUUUCUCCAAAAAGUAAGAUCUUUGUCCCCAUGUGCACUUGCAAACUGUUGUCUGGCUUUUUUAUUGUGGUUUUGGAACAGUGGCUUCUUCCUUGCUGAGCAGCCUUUCAGGUUCUGUCGAUAUAGGUCUCGUUUUACUGUGGAUAUAGAUUCUCGUCUACCUGUUUCCUCCAGCAUCUUCACAAGGUCCUUUGCUGUUGUUCUGGGAUUGAUUUGCACUUUUCGCACCAAACUACGUUCAUUUCUAGGAGACAGAAUGCGUCUCCUUCCUGAGCGAUAUGAUGGCUGCGUGGUCCCAUGGUGUUUAUACUUGCAUACUAUUGUUUGUACAGAUGAAUGUGGUACCUUCAGGCAUUUGGAAAUUGCUCCCAAGGAUGAACCAGACUUGUGAGGUCCACAAUUUUUUUUCUGAGCUCUUGGCUGAUUUCUUUUGAUUUUCCCAUGAUGUCAAGCAAAGAGUCACAGAGUUAGAAGGUAGGCCUUAAAGUACAUCCACAGGAACACCUCCAAUUCAGUACACCUCAUAUGAGAAGCUAAUUGGAAAUUUGUCUAAAGGCUUGACAUAAUUUUCUGGAAUUUCCAAGCUACUUAAAGGCACAGUUAACUUAGUGUAUGUAAACUUCUGACCCACUGGAAUUGUGAUAUAGUCAAUUAAAAGUGAAGCAAUCUGUCUGUAAAUAAUUGUUGGAUAAAUUACUCCUGUCAUGCACAAAGUAGAUGUACUAAACGACUUGCCAAUACUAUAGUUUGCUAAUAUGAAAUCUGUGGAAUGGUUAAAAAUGGGUUUUAAUGACAUCAACCUAAGUGUAUGUAAACUUCUGACUUCAACUGUAGUUGAUGUUUUACAUGGAGUCUUGUACAUCCACAGCGACGUGGCGGGUGUCUAAACAUUUGCAAACAGUAUGUCGUUGCCCCAGCUAUUUCGAAUUUCUUUUUGGCUCUGAGCGAAGCAUUUUUAAAGGUGCACUCAGUGAUUUUGCUUUCAAUGCUUUUCAACUGAAUUAUAUUUUUGAACAAUAUGUUUUAAAUUAUGUUUGAGAUGAAUAACUGUUGCCAUAUCAGUUUUAGAGAAAAGCUGCUUUAUUCUACAUGGUGCUGGAUGCACAUUCAUGAGCAGUGCCAUGUUGAGACCAUAUGACCAGCCAAAUAUGACUUGCUUUAUUUAAUCAUGGCUGACUGAGAAAAGCCCAUUUUUAAGAUGGCAUUGGAGCUCAGAACAUUUGGUCUGGCGUUAUGCUAUAUCUACACCACUAGAUGUCAGCGCAACAAACACAAAAAUGAGUGCUCCUUUAAAUAUAACCUUACAAUAUAAUAUUUUAACAACUACAAUAUUCUAAAACAGCAGUAAUUAAACAUUGUAUUCAUGCAUUUGAAAUAAUAGCCAUAAAUUUGCAGUACUAAGACUUGGGACCUAGAUUUACAACUUUGGGUUUUAAAGGCAAGAUACUGGUUAUUUAGGAAUCAAGCUUAUUUUAACACUCAAGGAUUUACUUCUGAGCUGCUUUAUAAAUGUUUCAAGUCAUAUUCUGUUUGAUUUGUUUCUCAUGUAUAUAACAUUUGCAUAUAAUUAUUAACAAUAAAUUCUGACAAGGGUUAUAAGUAACUACACAAUUUAGUACUUGCAAAACUGCUAUAUGAAAUAGAUAGAAUAUUUUAAUAUGGACUAAAGACUAUAAAUCCAAACCUAGGAGUAUUUGUUACCUUGUUUAUAUCUUUUAAAUAAUCAAGUCAUUUUGAGGGCUAAGGUUUCUGUUAUUUUAUCAUGUUUAUACCUUUGUCUACUUUUAUACUAGCAGCAUGUUUGCACUGGUUUGUCUACUAAUAAUUUAUCAUGUCUGUUAAUUUUCUAAAGGACAUUUGUAACUUUUGUGGCCUUGUUUCAGCAGUAGAAUUGUAAGAAAUGUUUAAGACUUGUGUAGAGUCUGAGAAUCACAAAUUUGUUGUCUGAAUCUAGAAAAUCUUUAGCACAAACUUACUAAUGAAUAUUGUAAUGAGGCUCAGUCACACAUUUGGAUUUUAAAUUGGCAAUUUUUCAGUAUAUUUGAUUAGCUUAAGAAAAAUAAUGCUUUGGUAAUACUAGUAAUGUAUCUGGGUCUGAUUGUUUUGGUAAAUCAAAACGUAAUAAUAAAGUACAAUUAAUACAUUUCGAAAAACUGAUAACAUUUUUACAAUAAAAAAAUGACUGACAAACAUAAUACAAUACAAAAGUGCUGUUUUAUUAAUUUCAGACAAUUGUUUGCCCUCAAGAUCAUCAUCAUCAGUAUUGAAAAUGGCCUGUGUUUUACAGUCAUUGUAAUAAAAAAUAAAUUAAAAAAAACUGUUCUUUA